AAACCACUUACAAUCUUAAUUUUCUCCCGGCGAAGCGCACAAAGGACGUCACACGCGGCUUCAUAUAGUUUGUGUCCAAGUCAUCAACUAGGGUGUCAGUAAUGUGCGACACUUAGACUUCACAUAAAGAAAUGGCUCUAAGUACGUCAUUGUCAUCAAUCUAAAUGACGUGAGUGUGUCUAUGUGUGUGUGUGUGGGGGGGAGAAGGAGGGAGUGGGAGGGAGAGGGUUGGGGUUGAACACAUAAGUUGGGACUAGGUCUACAGAGAGAAUGAGAAGAGGAAACCAAAGUCUUCACUGCAACACAAGACAGACAAACAGAAGCAUCUUUUACAACAACCAGGAAGCCAUCAGGAUUUGAAGCAGCGAUCAGGUCUGAGGUGGAGCUCAGCUUUCAGGCUUUGACCCCUUCCUGUGCAGCACGAACCAGCCGUUGGUUUUUUUCAGGAGAAGUGGGUAAAAAAAAAAAAAAAAUGCUCUGGAGAUUGACUCUUGCCGUGGCCGUGGUGUGCGUCGGUGGCAUAUGCAACUGUGUGCAGGCUGAUCUGAUGAGCAGACUGAUCAUACCGAGGGACUACGGGGUGAAGCUGUGCGGGAGAGAGUUCAUCAGAGCAGUCAUUUUCACCUGUGGUGGCUCCCGGUGGAGACGAUCCACAGAGGGGGACUCGGAUCCCUUCCAGUGGAGUUCCUUCAGUGAUGUUACAGUGGAGGAGAAUCAGCACUCCUGGCAACCUAACGCAGAGCUCACAGAGAACCCCUCUCCUCUCCGCAUCCCCUCCUCUUACUCCCUGGCAGACCUCCUGGGUCUUUACGGGCAACAGCGGCCACUGAGUGACCCGGUCCUGGGGCUGGAGGAGUCUCAGCCAACAGCGGUUUUGCACGAGCAAGACCCGGCUGCAGAUGACUGGCCCGUACCAAGCAAGAAGAAGAGGAACUUUUCUCUGGGUGUGGCGGGGAAGUGCUGUAACCAGGGCUGUACCAAAAAUGACAUCGGUCGUUUGUGUUGAGGGCAGAGGAGGAAGGGACGGGUGAUGGCGGAGGGGUUGUGACAUAAAGAUGUUGUGAUGGGCGGUAAUAGACAGUGUACAGUUGUGGAAAAAAAACGUAGGAGGUAAAAUAUGAAGGAGAGCAAGUGAGCAAGACUCAUCACAUCAUACCAACUUCAUGUCUCUCUGUCAUGUUUUAUUUAUUCUCUUCACUUGUUUUAUUUAAGAAAAUAAUAAUAAAAAUCAUGUACUGUAUGUCAUCCUUUCAGCAUUACUGAGAAUAAAUUUUAAAUACUGUAUUAAUAUGAAACGUUGAGUGGUAUCAUCUCGUCUCUAUGCGUUGAAAAGGAAUGGGAGCAAUAAGUAGGGUCCAUAUUCUGGCCUGCAGACUAUCUGACUUAACUAGCACAGGCCAAUAUCACACAUUAAUGUCAUUUAGGCUGCUGUGAACUUAUUGCCGGCCUUGUGUUCACAACAUUACGCCUGCCUUAACAUUUUCUGUCAACACCCCGAGGACAUUACAAUGAAAGAUUUUUCUUUUAACCCUUUCUGAUGCAGCUAAAACAUACAUUUAACCCCCUGCACUAUACUGUACCACACAAUAACAUUUAUAAAUCAUUUGAAGUUUGAAUCAAACGCAUUGUUUCAAAGACCUAAAAGAAGAUAGAUAAAAAAAUAAAAAUACAACUUUCAUGUCCAUAUUACUACAGUUGGUUUUGUUUAAUAAAAGUAUGUACAUGCCUGAAAUAUACCACAUUUCUGUAUUUUGAUAUUUACAUUAUCUACACAAAUGUAUUAAAAAAAAAAGUAUCUGCAGAUGACAAAACAAGCCUCGAUGAACUGAAAUAAA